AUGCAACGAAUGACAUCCGAGGUUCUUCAUCUGAAGUCCGAUAAUAUCGAAGCGUUGACGACCUCAUGGCAACCAUACGAUUCUCGACCGUGGAUCAUCGACUUCUGUGACAGGAGCGACUCCUGUCUUUCUUCUGUCAAUAGGAGGAAACUGGCGGCGAUGUUGGACGGUCUUGUGAAUGUGGGAAGUAUAGACUGUAGUCCUCGAGGGGACAGCGCCUUGUGUGAUCGUUUGGACGUCACCAGCGGCGUGAGAUACUAUCCAGCACAAAAAGUAGACAAAGAUCAUGCAAAGGUGAUGAGUUCCCUAGAUCCGAAAGAGCUCCUAGAAGAAGUGCUUUCGUAUGUAGACGAUUUAGACGAGAUUGAGGAAAAAGAUCUCCACGAACUUAUAGGUAACCUUCACUCUUCAUGGUUUCACUAUGAGCAAGUUUGGGCUGAAAGAAGAAAGAUAUUAAUUUAG